ACCAUGAUUGAUAACCAAGGCUACAUUGUGCUCUUCCUCUUGUGGUUCAUAUCCACGAUUUUGAUUAGAUCCAUCUUCAAAAAAUCCGUGUCUCUUAAACUACCCCCUGGUCCUCCAAUAUCAUUGCCACUCCUUGGCCAUGCUCCUUAUCUUCGAUCACUCCUUCACCAAGCACUUUACAAGCUUUCCACACGAUAUGGACCCUUGAUUCAUAUCAUGAUUGGUUCUAAACAUGUCAUAGUUGCAUCAUCAGCCGAAAUGGCAAAGCAAAUCCUCAAGACUUAUGAGGAAUCAUUUUGCAAUCGCCCUAUAAUGAUUGCAAGUGAGAACUUGACUUAUGGUGCUGCUGAUUACUUCUUCAUUCCUUAUGGAACAUACUGGAGGUUCUUGAAGAAGCUUUGUAUGACAGAGCUUCUAAGUGGGAAAACUCUUGAGCAUUUUGUUAACAUUCGUCAGGAUGAAAUUGAGGCUUUUUUGAAAACGAUUCUUGAGAUAUCUGCCACUGGUAAACCAGUGGAAAUGAGGCAAGAACUUAUAAGGCACACAAACAACAUCAUUUCGAGGAUGACAAUGGGAAAGAAGAGUACUGGGACAAGUGAUGAAGUUGGUCAGUUAAGAAAGUUGAUUAGAGAAGUUGGAGAGCUUCUUGGAUCGUUUAAUCUUGGUGAUAUCAUUGAGUUUAUGAGGCCUUUUGAUCUGCAAGGAUUUGGGAAGAAGAAUCAGGAUACACAUCAUAAGGUUGAUGUAUUGAUGGAGAAGGUGCUGAAAGAGCAUGAAGAGGCAAGGUCAAAGAUGGGUGCUGACAGUGAUCGGAAGAAGGAUCUUUUUGAUAUUUUGUUGAACUUGAUUGAAGCAGAUGGUGCUGAUAAUAAACUCACUAGAGAAAGUGCCAAAGCCUUUGCUCUGGACAUGUUUAUUGCCGGGACCAAUGGACCAGCAAGUGUGUUAGAAUGGUCACUAGCAGAGCUCAUAAGAAAUCCACAUGUUUUUAAGAAGGCAAGAGAAGAGAUUGAUUCUGUUGUUGGCAAGGAAAGGCUGGUUAGGGAAUCAGAUAUACCAAACUUACCUUAUCUCCAAGCAGUGGUUAAAGAAACUCUGAGGAUGCACCCACCAACCCCUAUAUUUGCAAGAGAAGCUAUUAGAAGCUGCCAAGUUGAGGGCUAUGAUAUUCCUGCACAUUCAAAGAUUUUUAUCAAUGCAUGGGCCAUUGGAAGGGAUCCAAAAUACUGGGACAACCCACUAGAGUAUAGCCCUGAGAGGUUCUUACACACAGAUGAACCUGGCAAGAGUAAAGUUGAUGUAAGGGGACAAUAUUACCAACUCUUACCAUUUGGGAGUGGAAGAAGAAGUUGCCCUGGAUCUUCACUUGCAUUGCUGGUUAUCCAAGCAACACUGGCUAGUUUGAUCCAAUGCUUUGAUUGGGUUGUUAAUGAAGGAAAGAAUAAUGACAUUGACAUGUCAGAGGAAGGACGAGUAACUGUGUUUUUGGCUAAGCCAUUGUUUUGCAAACCUGUUCCCCGUUUUGUUCCAUUCUCUGCUUGA